CUCCUCUCAUUGCUCCUGCAGGCUGAGAAAGGCUUCACCCGCUGAAUUUUUGUUGUGUCGCACAACUAUUAAAGGCAGACAGGAGAAAAGAAGUAGCAACUCUAUGUGACAGCAGUCCAGGAAUGGCGUUUCUGUUAUUCUACACGUCUGACGAAGCGUUCUGUAUAACCCGAAAGCUUGUUUCCCAAAUUUGAAAAACCCGAAUUGGUUGGUUUACUAUUCAGACUUGUCAUAUCAGCCUGCUUUAGGAGAGCACUGUGAGCAAUCAACAUAUCAGAGGCGGGUCGCUUUCCCACACUCAGCCCGUCCUCCUGUUGCUCCGCCUAGUCCCUUUCCCUCAGUUUGCCUAAGCUUGCUCAGAGCCGGAAGUGAACAUACGACGGUAGCAAGAGCCGGCCCAGCGCGGAGAGCAAAAGAGGCGGGGAAGGAGAAGAAGAGGGUUUGGUAUUGAUCUCGCCAGUAACUUUCGCCGCGGCGGGGACGACGGGAAAACGGGUUCGGCGACGGCUGGUGUUUCGGGAUGGAGGCGCCCUGAGGUGAGCGGGACAAAAGAAAGGCUAGCUCCUCGAUUAGAAAGCGCUACUGAAACUGGUUUGAACAUUCUGGACCAAGGAUUUUCAGAAGAGGUGACUGGAGUUGUUAAUGGACAUCUGUUUUCACAGCAUGGCCCAAAUAUCUAGCACCAAUGAAGUCAAACAACGUUCAUCACCAUCUUUGGGCACAGCAAGGGCAAAAGAUGUGGACAAAGAAGAGGCAUUGCAGAUGGAAGCUGAGGCUCUAGCUAAGAUGCAAAAGGAAAGAGUGGUGGCUGGUAAUAGACAAAGCAUUGACAUUUUAAGCAAUUCUUGGCCAACUGUACAAUCCCACAGAAAACAGGACCAUGAUCUUAUGGUGUUUCCAGAGUCUGAUGCCAAGAAAAAGAUGGAUGAUAAAUUAAAUACAAUUGAGGUAGAAAAACUUACCCAUGCUGAGCUAGAGAAACUACUGCUAGAGGACAAUUUUGAAUCCAGCAAAUCACCUACAUUGCCAACAACUCCUGUGCUAAGGCCAUCGUUUUCUUCACAGUUUUAUGCUGGUCCUACUGUUCAAACAGGACAGUGGACGCUGGGGUUACCUGGGUCAUCUACCUGCCAUGUACCUUCUAUAUACCCAGCAACCUCUUACAAUAAACAUGUUGGUAUCUUUCAGAAUGGCCUCCAUCCAGGUAUGUCUGCUUAUCAAUCUACAAAGCCUAUUUAUCUAAGUCUUCCAGAGAGAUCCCAGUACAUUUCAUAUGCACUGCCUGCUACUUCAGCUUUCCAUCCACAGAGAAGUUUGCCCGUAUAUCAUCCAACACUCACCCCUGAAAUGGCAAAAGUAUUUGAUAAGAUAGCAAGCACUUCAGAAUUUCUAAAAAAUGGGAGGUCAAGCACAGACUUAGAAGUGACUGGUACUAAAUCUAUAGUUAAUUUGUCAACCUCUGAAAACUCCAAUGAUAUUAGUAAAUUUGAUUGGUUGGAUUUGGAUCCUUUAAGUAAACCAAAAGUAGACAGCAUGGAUAUAUUAUAUACAGCCGAAGAUGGUGCAAAGGUGACUUGUAGUACAGUUGUAGAAGAUCCUUGGGAUGCUGUGCUGCUGGAGGAGAAAUCCCCAGGGAAAUGUCAUCUUGAAAGAAAAGUUAGUGGGAAAUCUGCUUCUGGAGCAACAGUUACAAGAAGUCAGUCUUUAAACAUUCGAACUGCUCAGCUUGCUAAGUUGCAGGGCCAAACAUCACAGACAGACAGUGGGACCAUUAGUCAGCCAACAGGAAAUAAACUUCUAAAAAACGGUGAUGGGCAAGAUCAAGAGCAAGCAGCAUUUUGUGACACCAUUGCAAAGUUGAGGGCCGACUUUCCCCAUGACAAUACUGAUACAAACUCAGGCUUUGUGUUGAGUCCAGUAAUGUUGCAAAGAAACAUCAGUGGAGAGAACUUGAGCAUCAAGAUUUCAAUAGAAAUUGAAGGUUUCCAACAGCCAGUAACAUUUACAUGUGAUGCAAGUUCUCCAGUUGAGCUUAUAAUAAUGCAAGCACUUUGCUGGGUACACGAUGACUUGAAUGAUGUAGACAUUGGCAGUUAUAUCUUGAAAGUCUGUGGACAAGAAGAAGUUUUGCAGAAUAAGCACAGUGUAGGAAGCCAUGAAUAUAUUCAGAACUGCCGAAAGUGGGACACGGAUAUUAAACUGCAGCUCUUGACCCGUAAUGUUAUAUGCAGAGAUUUGGCACGAACAAAAGAUGAUGAUGGGACACCAGUAGAUUUGACGAAGCAUCUUUAUCAUGUAGAAAAGCUUUUCAGAGAGAGUAUUCAAAGCCACUCUCUUGAAGAGUUGUUAGAAGCUUAUCAUAAUCAAGUCGAUAAACUACUUAAAAAUGAGAACCAGCCAAAAGCAGUAGAUCAGAUUAUUAAAGCUGUUAGAAAAAUUUGUUAUACAUUGGAUGGAGUAGAGACUCCUGCAAUUACAGCAUCUGUAAGGAAGCUAAGAAGAGCAGUUAACCUUCCAAGGAGUAAGAGUCCUGAGGUGUCUUUAGCAUCUUCUGAGGAUACUAGCAGGAAUACAGUCGGUUCAUUGCAGCCUGAGAACCCUCUGCAAAUUAGCGUAGAUCAGCUGACCUCAGCAGUAUAUGCCCUUCUUCAACUCCACUUGAAUUCAUGCAACAGUCCUCCUUUGAACACUUCUAAGAGAAGCACUAAGGAAGCAUGGACAGCCACAGAGCACCUCCAGUUUACAAUAUUUGCUGCUCAUGGAAAUCUCAGUGGCUGGGUCUCAGUUUAUGAAAAAUAUUAUUUGGUUUGCUCUCUGACCCACAAUGGAAAAGAUCUAUUUAAACCUGUACAAUCCAAGAAGGUUGGCACAUAUAAGAAUUUCUUCUAUUUGAUUAAAUGGGAUGAAUUAAUAAUUUUUCCCAUCCAGAUCUCUCAGUUGCCGUUAGAAUCUAUCUUAUGCCUUACUAUGUUUGGAAUAUUAAAUCAAAAUGGUGGUAGCUCACCUGAUUCAAAUAAACAGAGAAAAGGCCCUGAGAUAUUGGGUCAAGUUUCUUUACCUCUCUUUGAUUUUCAGCGAAUGUUGACUUGUGGGACAAAACUUUUACACCUUUGGACGCCUUCCACAAACCUUAUCCCUGGAGCAGCCCAUAAAAAAGGAAAUUUAAUGGAAAGAAUAGUAUUACAGAUUGACUUCCCUUCCUUACCAUUUGAUAUUGUAUACAAAAUUCCUCAAGCUGCAAACAGUACCACAUGUAAUUCCAUAGAAACAUUGGAAAAAGAUUCAAGAGAGCGUCUUCUUUCCAUUCUUUCCAAGGAGGGUACACUUGGAUUGUCUAGAAAGGAUAAAACAUUUUUGUGGGAGAAAAGGCAUUUUUGCCAUACAGAUCCAAACAGCCUUCCAAAGGUAUUGGCCAGUGCCCCAAACUGGGAUUUGACAAAUCUCCCUGAAAUAUAUUUGCUGCUUCAACAGUGGCCUCCUUUGCCUCCUCUGACUGCAUUAGAAUUACUGGACUCUGGCUUUGCAGAUCAGGAAGUAAGAACAAGGGCUGUGCAGUGGGUCGAGGCAAUAAGUGAUGAUGAACUUGCCGACUUUCUUCCCCAAUUUGUGCAGGCACUAAAAUAUGAAACCUAUCUGGACAACUCUCUAGUCAGAUUCCUUUUGGCCCGAGCAUUAGGAAAUAUUCGAAUAGGACACUAUUUAUAUUGGUUACUGAAGGAUACCUUGCAUGAUAUCAAACAUGGUGUAAGGUAUGAGCGUAUCCUUGGUGCUUUCCUUUCAGUCUGUGGCAAAAGACUGAGAGAAGAGCUGGAAAAGCAGACAAGAUUGGUACAAAUCCUGGGAAUGGUAGCAGAAAAAGUAAAGCAAGCAAGUGGAUCUGCCAGACAGAUUGUCUUGCAAAGUGGAAUGGAACGUGUUCAGUCCUUUUUCUUAAAAAACAAAUGCCGUUUGCCUCUCAGUCCCAGCCUUGUAGCUAAAGAACUGAAUGUCAAGGCAUGUUCCUAUUUCAGUUCUAAUGCAGUACCUCUUAAGAUUGCUCUGGUGAAUGCAGACCCCUUGGGAGAAGAAAUUAAUGUAAUGUUUAAGGUUGGAGAAGAUCUGCGUCAAGAUAUGUUAGCAUUACAAAUGAUAAAAAUUAUGGAUAAGAUCUGGUUACAGGAAGGAUUGGACCUGCGGAUGGUUAUCUUCAAGUGCCUUUCAACUGGCAAAGAUAGAGGUAUGGUGGAGCUUGUUCCAGCAUCAGAUACACUUAGGAAAAUACAAGUAGAGUAUGGAGUGACAGGGUCCUUUAAAGAUAAGCCCCUUGCAGAAUGGCUAAGAAAAUACAACCCUACAGAAGAAGAAUAUGAAAAGGCUUCUGAAAACUUUAUCUAUUCUUGUGCUGGGUGUUGCGUAGCCACCUAUGUCCUAGGUAUCUGUGACCGUCAUAAUGACAACAUAAUGCUUCGAAGUACAGGGCAUACGUUCCAUAUUGAUUUUGGAAAGUUUUUGGGCCAUGCACAGAUGUUUGGGAGCUUUAAGAGGGAUCGGGCUCCUUUUGUAUUGACAUCAGAUAUGGCCUACGUUAUCAACGGUGGUGAAAAGCCUACCAUCCGCUUCCAGUUGUUUGUAGAUCUCUGCUGCCAGGCUUAUAACCUGAUAAGGAAACGAGCUGACCUUUUUCUUAAUCUGCUGUCACUGAUGAUCUCUUCUGGAUUACCAGAACUUACUGGAAUUCAAGACUUGAAAUAUGUCCAGGAUGCUCUUCAGCCCCAGACUACAGAUGCUGAAGCUACUAUUUUCUUUACAAGAUUGAUUGAAUCAAGUCUGGGAAGUGUUGCCACAAAGUUCAAUUUUUUCAUUCACAACCUUGCUCAGCUGCGUUUUUCAGGCCUGCCUUCUAAUGAUGAGCCCAUCCUUUCUUUUUCUCCCAAAACAUACUCACUGAAACAAGAUGGUCAUAUCAAAGAAGUUUCUGUCUUUACAUACCAUAAGCGAUACAACCCAGAUAAAUAUUAUAUCUAUGUUGUCAGAGUUUUAAGAGAGGGGCAAACUGAACCCACAUUCAUUUUUCGGACAUUUGAUGAAUUCCAAGAAUUCCACAACAAGCUUGGCAUCCUGUUUCCUCUUUGGAAAUUACCUGGUUUUCCUAAUAAGAUGGUUCUAGGAAGAACUCACAUAAAGGAUGUAGCAGCCAAAAGAAAGGUAGAGCUGAACAGCUACAUUCAAAGUUUAAUGAAUACAUCAACAGAUGUAUCAGAGUGUGAUCUUGUUUAUACAUUCUUCCAUCCCUUACUUCGUGAUGAAAAGGCUGAAGGGAUAGAUGGAAUAGCUAAGUGUACAGAUGUAAGCCCUUCAAGUCCUACCUCAGGCAAAGUAGGAGGAGAAGUUAAAUUGUCUGUCUCCUAUAGAAACAGCACUCUUUUUAUCAUGGUGAUGCACAUUAAAGAUCUGGUGACUGACGAUGGUGCAGACCCAAAUCCAUACGUAAAAACAUACCUGCUUCCAGACAUACAUAAAACAUCUAAACGGAAAACCAAAAUAUCACGGAAAACCAGAAACCCAACGUUCAAUGAAAUGCUUGUAUACAGUGGAUAUAGCAAAGAGACACUAAAACAAAGGGAGCUUCAGCUAAGUGUACUCAGUGCUGAAUCGCUACGUGAGAACUUUUUCCUGGGUGGUGUCACACUCUCCUUAAAGGAAUUUAACUUGAACAAGGAGACUGUCAACUGGUAUCGGCUUGCUGCUGUACCGUAUUUGUGAACCUGACAGCUUCACAGAGGUGAAAAUAAGAACAGAAACAAAUAAACUCCACUCCACUUAUAUUUGGUCAUGUUUUUCCUACUUGAAGAUAACUAAUAAAACAUUGCAAUUCAGCAGAUUCUGGUUGGACCAGCCUUUACAAAGUUUAAAGAGGACUUCUAGAAAACCAUCUCUGCUUUAUGCUUUUACUGUAAUAAUAUCCAAGCAUUGCUGUAAAUGAAUUGUAUAAAUUUAAUACUUGUGGAUAAUGAAGUUUUGAACCAUGACUAGAUGUUCCAAAUUAAAUCUGAGGGUUUUUAAAAUAGAUACAAUUCAGUCAUAUUUGAAUCGCUUGCCUGGUGAUAUAUUGGAAGCUUGUUUUACACUUCCUGCUGUUACUGGACGCAGCACCCUGUCAAAAAUAUCAAAGUAGAAACAGAUUGCUCCUUGUCAGGAAAGGUUUAGUGGCUGAAUAAACUGUUAAAAGUAAGACUUGAACAGACGGAGAAGAUCCUUAGUGAGCAUUUGGACUCAUUAAAUUGCUUUGAGACUAUUAUCAGAAUGAGUGCCAAUAAUGGAAGUUAUAAAUAAUAGUGCCUUAUUUUGUCAUUCAGCUGCUGCUUAUACCUCAUUUCUGAUAUGUUUUUAAAAGCAAAGCUUUUUAUCAAGCUUUUUCAAAAAAAAUUAUGCUGUUUACUCACAUGGUUUGCUAUAUAAAUACUUCAUUUAACAUCCCCCUGCCCUUUUAAGGUCAUUCAGCUUCCUUACGUCAGACUCAAAAUGUUAAAUGCUUAUCCAGUUUAUUUUAACCUUUUUUGUGUGCCCUUAUGUAAUAACUUGAUGGACUGCAAGUAUUAUAUACAUGCACAUUGAAGCAAUUUUGUGCCACAGCCUGCUGCAGAGCACAUAUAUUCCCAGAAAGUAAAUAUUAUGGGUUCUUUGGUAGAGAUUUGGGGUUCAGUUUCCAUGGUACAUGCAGCAGUCCCACAUAAGUCAUUAUUCCUAUUCACAGUAAUAUUUAUUUCAAAGAGAAUAAGGCCGCAAUAUCAGUUGCUGGUUAAGAAUAAGUUGCACUAGAAACUUUGGGUGGUGAAAUUGUCACAGUGAUAUCUUGAACUAGAUUUCAAAGACAUAAUUUCCAUGAGCACUAAGAGUAGUCCAAGCACUUUAUUCGUUCCAGUGGAAAUUGACUUGCCCUAACUGAAAUGAGUGGACGAUUCUGUGCAUCAGCUCUUAGUGGACUGCACUCUGAAUCCACUGAUUUUAAUGCUUUACAUUUGUGUGACAUUUAGGGAUACGUCAAUAGAAAUAUAUACUAACACCAGUAAAAAUAAUUUUAGAAAACUGAUUUAAGAAGGGUGUUUAAAUUGCACAGUGGGUGAUAUCCCACAUGCUUGAGAGUGGACCCAUUGAAAUCAAUGAACUGAUACUUUAUUUCAUUGAGUCUACUUUGAGUAUGACUUGGAUAUUGGCUAAUAUGUUUAAAGCUAGAGCCCAAAUAUGUUUGAAGCAAUAGAGAUGCAGUCUCUCAACUGUCCAUAACAAUUAGCUUAAUAUAAAAUUAUGCAAUGAUAAAUGAGGAUAAGGUAGACAAUGACAAUCUGUAUUGCUGGGCAACUAAACUAAAAUGUGAUUUAAUUUAUUUUCCCUAAAGUAUACAAAAGUCCCCAUUUUCAGACCUAAUAUAGUAAAGUGCAGGGGGGAAAUGGAUAUAACAUUUUGCUGCCUGAAACAUUUGUGGUCCAAUUGUACAAUAAAACCUUGGAAUAUUUCUCAGUGUUAAAAUUGCAUUGUGCCUAAGAAAAGCUACUUAAUAUUUUUUAAAGCCCAGGAUUUAUUAGCUAUGUGUUCAGUAUGUAAAUAGGGUAAACUAACUAGAUUGUAUUUCCUGCUCACUUGAUGCUUUUUGAGAUGCAUUCCAUUUCAUCAAUAGAACCACAUGUCAUUUAAACACAGGAAAGUAGACUCUGUUUUUGUGAAACGUUCCGUUAAAUUACUGAAAAGCAAUAUGUACUGCUUUUUUGCAGUCUGCUACUAGAGCACAAUACAUUACAGCACAAAAUAAGACAUUUAAAAGAUUUUUGGUAAUAGUGGUUUGCAACUGCAACUCUUGGCUGGAUGCUGGUUAGAAUAUGUGUGGUACCUUACGGUAGCUUUUGCCAGUCUCCAUUGUCCAUGCCUGUGCCUUUGCCCACCUUCACCACUUUUCAAAAUAAAGGUCACAUUGGCAAAGCUCUUCAGGUAGAUUCUUAAACUUUACUUGCCAUUAAGGAUUGUAGAGGAGCAAUGUUAAUUUUGCAUCUCUGUGGAAUUAUUUAUAGUGGUGCGAUACACAAAACAAAACAUGAUAAUCUUACUUCGGUAUACACAAAAGGGAAGGAGGGAAUGAUUGGGUUAAAUUUAAUAUUUUAGUGUUUUUAAAGUUUGGUCUCAUGGCAUUUUUACACUAUAAUCAAAUAAAUCUUAUACAACAUGUAUGGACUGCAGCUAGAAAGAAAUUUGUGCUAUGUACCUUUGACAUUUUGGGGAAAACAUCUUGUUGUAAGAAAAAUGACCUCCACAUUUUCUAUACUAAAUAACCUGGCUGUGACUUUGCACUGAAGUUUUUUAAUAUUAAUAUUACUGCUUUUUUAUUAUCUAUGCAUAUAUAUAUGAAAGCAUGAGUGAUCUUUGAUAUUUCUCUAUUUUUAAAAUUAAAAUUGUGUAGAAAUCAUAGAAUUUUGCCUUAAAAACCUGUUUGCUCUAGGACACUAUAUAGUGCCACUUUCAAAUUGAAGAAAUUGUAUUUCUGGUAUUUGCAGAAUAGGGCCACAGCAUAAUGCAGAGUUAUGUAUGCUUAAGCUCAUUGACAUUGAUGGGCGUAAGUCUGUUUGUUUUAGAUUGUAGCCUAUGCAUGUUACAUGGAGGAAAAAUAUUCAGGCAAUAUUGCACCAUUCUCAUGAAUCAUAGGAAUUUGAUUUCCUUCUGUGCUUUGUACUCUCAUACUGUGACUAAAAAAAAUAUGGCAAAGGUUAAUAGAUAAUGAAAUGCAUUGGGAGCAAAUGUACAAGUUUUCCUUGAAUUGUCUAUUUAUCUGUAAACCAAAUACUUCAGUUAUAUUACACUGAUAGCUAAUAAGGAUGUACAGUAUUUCUAUCAAUAUCCUAACUCAUAAUAUAUGGGUUAAAUGUGACUCCAUAACUGUCCUAUAAUUAUAUUAAACACUACUC